GUUGGUAUUGGCAAGGGGAAAGAUAAGAAGUCGCACGAGGGCAAAACAAUCAUCAGUUUUGCGGCCUCACGCUUCUCACAGCCGGUCGAAGUUGGUGUUAGUUUGCUUUAUUUAUUUGCCUCCAGGCGAGGUUUCACAGACAAACAACCGUCAUCAGACAGGCGAUAAGCCGCAUGGGACUUGAUUGAAUAUAAUACAAGAGUGAUCAUAAUCUAGAUUAACUAGUUGGUUUCGGGACGUUUGUCGGGAAAGUGCUACCACACCGUGAGUGACCAGUGAACAUGGUGAUUAUUCGAUUCUAUUGUCCAGUAGAAGAGCCGAAACGGCUCCAAGUGCUGCAAAACUUUAGAAAAGUUAACCCCACUGUUGUGAAUCUCCAAAUAGAAAAGUGUUAUUAUGUGCAGAACUCCAAGUACAAACAGUUCCCCGGUGAAGUGGAGAAAAAACUGCGUUGGAUUUUGAAGGGACCUCAGGAGGAAGAUAAUCUUUCCGUCAAAGCACUCCUGGUGAAAACAUCCGCCAAUGAAGAGUUGAUCGAAAUUGGACCACGAUUUAAUUUCUCGACUGCGGCGUCUACAAACAGUGUCAGCAUUUGUCACAAUGUCGGGCUAACCUUCAUCGAUCGGAUUGAGGUGUCGUAUCGAUAUUUGCUUACGCUGGAAAAAGCGAUCACCGGUGAUGGUGAACUUGAUCAACUAAUCGGCGUGGUGUGCGAUCGGAUGACGCAAUUCCGCUAUACUCAAGGCAAUAUCCCGCGUAAUGAUUUCUACGAGAGUUUCACUCAGAGCAAUGAACGCUGGUACGUUGUUCCUGUUCUGGAGAAAGGUGCGGCUGCGCUGAAGGAAGUCGACAAAAAACUGGGGUUGGCGUUCGAUGAUUGGGACAUCCAAUACUACACGAAUCUGUUUAAAAACGUCCUGAAACGUAAUCCAACUAAUGUGGAACUGUUCGACUGUGCGCAGUGUAAUAGCGAACAUUCGCGUCACUGGUUCUUCAAGGGAAAAAUGAUCGUCGAUGGAAAGGAGGAAAGACAGUCGCUGAUUGAAAUGAUAAUUGAUACACAGAGCCAUUCCAACCCAAACAAUACGGUUAAGUUUAGUGAUAACAGCAGUGCGAUCAAGGGCUACACUCACAAGGCGUUGCGAGCGAAUAGGUUCGAUGAAUCUGGGCCCUUUGAAUUGAAAACUGUAAACUCUGAUCUGAUCUUCACCGCUGAAACCCACAACAUGCCGACAGCGUUGUCCCCGUUUAGUGGAGCAACAACAGGUACGGGUGGACGAAUUCGUGACGUUCAGAGUAUCGGACGAGGAGGACUACCAAUUGCCGGUACCGUUGGAUACUGCGUGGGAAUGUUAAACAUCCCUGGCUAUCAGCUACCCUACGAGCAGCAGCUCGAAUAUCCUCCUUCGUUCGCCAAACCACUGAAGAUCUUGAUAGAGGCUAGUAAUGGCUCGUCGGACUAUGGAAAUAAGUUCGGGGAGCCGGUGAUUUCAGGUUUUACCAUCUCAUUCGGACUGUUGACGGAAGAUAGCGAGCGAUUGGAGUACGUUAAGCCGAUUCUGUUCAGCGGAGGUAUUGGAACAGCUGAAUCUAGCCAAAUGAACAAGAUCGAUCCUAAGUCAGGAAUGUUGCUAGCUAAACUCGGUGGGCCGGUGUAUCGAAUCGGAGUUGGUGGAGGGGCGGCCAGUUCCGUGGAAGUGCAGGGUGACAACAAUAGUGAUUUGGAUUUUAACGCCGUUCAGCGAGGUGAUGCUGAAAUGGAAAAUAAAAUGAAUCGUCUUGUUCGAGCUUGUAUCGAGAUGGGGGAUAAGAAUCCCAUUCUGGCAAUUCACGACCAAGGGGCCGGUGGUAACGGAAAUGUUCUGAAGGAACUUGUUGAACCAGGUUGCGCGGGAGCGGUGAUCUUUUCGAAGGAAUUUAUCCUUGGUGACCCGACCAUCACCUUGAUGGAACUGUGGGGCGCAGAAUACCAGGAGAAUAAUGCCAUUCUGGUUGCACCGGAACAUCGGCAGCUACUGCUGGACGUUUGCGAACGGGAGCGGUGUCCAAUUAGCUUCGUCGGAUUUGUCACUGGGAAUGGGUACGUUUCGCUGGUGGAUGACGUCGCUCAUUUUGGAAAAUAUGCAGAUCGGAAGAAUCGAACGGAAUGGGGAAAGUUGCCCUUUGAUAUGCACUUGGAUAAUGUACUGGGGAAAAUGCCUCAGAAAGAGUUCCGGUUGCAGCGAAAAUCGAUGAAACUGCGAGAAUUUGAGGUCGGAAGUAUUUCGAUUCUGGAAGGUUUAAAUCGAGUUCUGUCUACCGUCACCGUCGGUAGUAAGCGGUUUCUGACUAACAAGGUAGACCGCUGCGUUACCGGUCUGGUCGCCCAACAGCAAUGCGUUGGACCGUUGCACACACCACUGGCCGAUUUUUCCCUCUCGGCGGUAUCCCUAUUUGGACUGGAAGGCAUUGCCAGUUCUAUCGGAACCCAACCAGUCAAAGGACUGGUCAACAAUAUGGCCGGUGCUCGGAUGUCGGUGGCGGAAGCCGUUUCGAAUCUAGUUUUCGCCGGAAUUACGGAGCUGGCUGAUGUGAAGUGUUCCGGCAACUGGAUGUGGGCUGCGAAGGUGGAGGGGGAAGGAGCCAAGCUGGUAGAUGCCUGCAAGGCUAUGUGUGACAUCAUGAAGAAGCUGAACAUUGCGAUCGACGGUGGUAAGGAUUCACUUUCGAUGGCUGCCCGCGUUCGGAAUAAGACUGUGAAGAGUCCGGGAACAUUGGUAAUUUCGACCUACGCGCCAUGCCCGGAUGUAAGGGUGAAGGUUACACCGGAUUUGAAGGCAGCUUCGUUGGGUGUGGAAACCACGCUGGUGUUUGUUAGUAUUGAAAGCAAAUUCCGACUGGGAGGAUCCGUGCUAGCUCAAUGCUUCGGUCAGCUUGGCAGUGAGACUCCCGAUUUAGAUAGAACUGACAUUCUAGUGCAGGCUUUCAAAGUGACACAGUCUUUGUUGAAAGGAGGAAAACUACUCUCAGGUCAUGACGUCAGUGAAGGUGGUCUGCUGACGUGUGCCUUGGAAAUGGCAUUUGCCGGAUUGGCUGGACUCAAACUGGACUUGACUGAAGUUUUCAGUAAGUGUGGAAAACAAUUCGGAGCAGACAUCUCGCAGGCAUCUAUGCACAUCUUAUUUGCCGAGGAAUGUGGUUGGGUGGUCGAAGUUACCUCCGACAAUGUCCCAUCUGUGACAGAUGCGUAUCAAUCUGUCGGCGUUCCUUGUUUCAUUAUAGGCUAUGGCUACAGAACGGAUAUUCAUGAUACCAAUUCUGCUUCGGUGGUGAUGCGUGGUCAACAACUGCUGAAGACAAGCGUCCUGAGUCUUUUUAAACAGUGGGAGAGGACCAAUUUCGAAUUGGAGAAACUGCAGGCGAAUGAACAGUGUGCCGUGCAAGAAUAUGCUACGUUUGAUUUCCGACGUGGUCCCACCUAUUCCUGCACAAUUAACCCCGAUCUGAUGUACGCUUCCAAAGCGAUAGGUACGAAACCACGAGUAGCUGUCAUCCGAGAGGAAGGCACCAACGGAGAUCGUGAGAUGUCUGCAGCACUUUUUCUAGCGAAUUUUGAAGUCCACGAUGUUACCAUGAGCGAUCUUCUGAACCGGAAAACCUCCUUGGAUAACUACCGUGGUGUCAUUUUCCCAGGUGGCUUCAGCUACGGGGACACUCUUGGAUCUGCCAAGGGUUGGGCUGCCUGCAUUUUGUAUAGUGAAGUACUAGCUCCUCAAUUCCGACACUUUAAGUCGAGACCCGAUAGUUUCUCUCUAGGCAUCUGUAACGGAUGCCAACUGAUGGGUUUGAUCGGUUGGAUAUCUGCUGAUGACCAGAGUAACUCCGUUGAUAUUCCGGAUGUCGCCCUGUUGCACAACAAAUCCGAACGCUACGAAUGCCGAUGGAUCACAGUAAAAAUCGCCCCCAGUAACUCGGUGAUGUUGAACAAGCUGGCGGGAAGUGUUCUCGGAUGCUGGAUCGCUCACGGUGAAGGACAAUUUUCGUUCAAAUCUCAAGGAAUCUUGGAGCAGCUGAAACGCAAAAAUUGCCUUGCCGUGCACUAUGUCGAUGAUAACGGCGAACCGACUGAGAUUUACCCGAUGAACCCUAACGGCAGUGUCGAGGGUAUCGCCGGAAUCUGCUCUCCGGAUGGACGACAUCUGGCGAUGAUGCCACACCCGGAACGUUGCGCUCAGAUGUGGCAGUGGCCGUACAUUUCCAAUGGUUUCAACUAUCGAACGUCGCCGUGGCAUUCGAUGUUUGCUGAAGCUUACAACUGGUGUAAUCUAGAGUAAUCAAUUAUGUUCCUUUAUUAAAAUGUUUU